AAUAAAUAAACAUAGCUGAUAGAAUAUAUAGUGUGAAAUAAAAUAAUUAAUAAAGCUAUGUAUAAGGGAAGAUUUUGCACUUCUGGUGGGAUUAAGGCUUCCACUGGAUAUGUUGAAACUGAUCCAUCUGGUCGAUAUGGACGUUUCAGGGACAUUCUUGGCAGAGGAGCUAUGAAAACAGUGUAUAGAGCAUUUGAUGAGCUCCUUGGGAUUGAAGUAGCUUGGAACCAAGUCAAACUUGGUGAUGUAUGUCACUCGCCAGAACAACUUGAACGCCUUUAUUCAGAAGUUCAUCUCCUUAAGCACCUUGACCAUAAAUCCAUGAUGAUCUUCUAUGGUUCUUGGAUUGAUGUCAAUUGCAAAACCUUCAACUUCAUCACUGAAUUGUUCACUUCUGGCACCCUUAGAGAGUAUAGGCAAAAAUACAGGAAAGUAGAUAUUCGAGCAUUGAAGAAUUGGGCACACCAAAUUCUAAGUGGUUUGGAGUAUUUACACAACAAUAAUCCUCCUGUGAUACAUAGAGAUCUCAAAUGUGAUAAUAUAUUUGUUAAUGGACAUAUGGGACAAAUCAAGAUUGGUGACUUGGGUCUUGCAGCUAUACUUUGUAAAUCCCAACUUGCUCAAAGUGUCAUUGGUACACCGGAGUUCAUGGCACCAGAACUAUACGAAGAAAAAUACAAUGAGCUAGUAGAUAUAUAUUCAUUUGGAAUGUGUAUGAUAGAGAUGCUUACUCUUGAGUUUCCAUACAAUGAGUGCACCAACCCUGCUCAAAUAUACAAAAAAGUUACUGCGGGAAAGCUACCAAAUGCAUUUUUCAGAGUCCAAGACUUAGAAGCCCAAAGGUUUGUGGGAAGAUGUUUGGCACAUGUAUCAAAGAGACCAUCAGCAAAGGAACUAUUGUUGGACCCAUUUUUAGCCAUGGAACAACUUGAAUUGUCAUUGCUAAGCACAACAUUAUCUACUAAUCAAACUCUAAAGAUUAAUUCCACCGAAGGAGUUGCCAAUAAGCAUCUUUCUACAUAUAUGACAAUCACUGGUUCCAUAAAUGAAGAUGAUAGCACACUUUUUCUUAAAGUUAGGAUUUCUGAUGAGACAGGGCAAACAAGGCAUAUAUUCUUUCCAUUUGACACAAAAAAUGACACGUCUAUUAAGGUGGCAAUGGAGAUGGUAGAAGAACUUGAAAUUAGUCACUUAGAACCAUUAGAGAUUGCUACAAUGAUAGAUAAUGAGAUAUUAGCUUUAUUUCCAAAUUGGAUGGGUACUACUCAUGGCAAGGGUCCCUAUCAACGACAACAUAGCUUUAACUAUGAAGAAGAUGAGGAUGUUAAUAUCCAUAAUCCUUUCCUCUUAUCAUCAUCUUGUCCAUCUUCCCCUCGUGAUUCUCUCACCAAGACUCAAUUUUGUGGGAAGCAUGCCACAUUUACUCAAGAAUUGAAUCAAGAACGUUUUAUGAAUGAUGAUGAAAGCUCUCCAAACUCAAUGAACUCCUACAAGUGUUCCAAAUUCCAAUAUUGUGAGGAUGAGCAUGGUCCAACAAUAGUAGAAGAAUGUAGAGCAAAAAAUAACAAACUAAAAUGCACAAGUUCAAGUCGUAUGAAAGAGGGAGAAACAAGUAAUUUUACCAAACAUUUUUUGUCCGCAACAAUGGACUCUUGUAGUGGUUGCAUAUGUGGUGGCCAUGGGAUGAUAAGAAUGAGUCAUUCUAGCAUGGAGGAGCGGAGGAGCUUGCAGCUUCAACGACCACAACACAAGAGACGAAUGUUCAACACGGUUGGUGCUGUGGAGGGCAUUGGAUUUCAUCCUCCAUAUAGAUGUGGAUGUUGUUCUCGUCGAGGUUUUAUACAACAUUGAAAUUUGAAAAAUUGUUCUUUUUAUGGUUUUAUGUGUUUGUUGUUUGCUUUAUUUUAUUAUGUUUCAUGCAUGAAUGUAUUUAUAAUUGAAGUAUAAACAAUAUUUAUCUUGAAUAUGGAUUGAGUAAGGAAAAAGUCUCUCACAAUAUAACUAUGUUAAAUGUGAAAGAAAUGUAAUUUGUGAUGAGCCUCUUUUUA